AUGUUGGCAACAGCAUACUGGCUUGAGGGCCGGUGGGAAGAGGCCGAGCAGCUCCAGGUGCAGGUGAUGGAGACUCACAAGAGGAAGCUCGGCAAGGAUCAUCCCGACACGAUGACUAGUAUGGCCAACCUGGCCCUGACGUAUUGGGAACGGGGCCGGUGGGAAGAGGCCGAGCAGCUCCAGGUGCAGGUGACGGAAACGAGCAAGAUAAAGCUCGGCGAGGAUCAUCCCAACACGCUGACGAGUAUGGCCAACCUGGCAUCGACGUACCGGGACCAGGGCCGGUGGGAAGAGGCUAGGAAACUCGAGGUGCAGGUGAUGGAUAUCUGCACUAUAAAGCUCGGCAAGGGUCAUCCCGACACAUUAGCGAGUAUGGACAACCUAGCAUUGACUUAUUCGAACCAGGGCCGGUGGGAGGAGGCUGAGAAACUCGAGGUGCAGGUGAUUGAGACCCGCACCAAGAAGCUCGGCGAGGAUCAUCCGUACACAUUGACGAGUAUAGACAACCUAGCAGGGAUGUAUUGGGGCCAGGGCCGGUGGGAAGAGGCCGAGCAACUCUUUAUUAUGGGCAAUCUGGCAACGACUUAUUCGAACCAGGGCCGAUGGGAAGAGGCCGAGAAACUCAAUAUACAGGCGAUGGAGAUUCGCAAUACUAAGCUCGGCGAGGAUCAUCCCGCCACACUGACGAGUAUGGCCAAUCUGGCAGCGACGUAUUACGAACAGGGCCGUUGGGAAGAGGCCGAGAAACUCAAUAUACAGGUGAUAGAGACUCGCAAGACGAAGCUCGGCGAGGAUCAUCCCGACACGCUCACGAGUAUGGCUAACCUAGCAAUAACGUAUUGGGACCAGGGCCGGUGGGAAGAGGCCGAGCAGCUCGACGUGCAGGUGAUGGAGACUCGCAAGACAAAGCUCAGCGAGGACCAUCCCGACACGCUGUCGAGUAUGGCCAAUCUAGCAUCGACGUACCGGAACCAGGGCCGGUGGGAAGAGGCCGAGCAGCUCAACGUGCAGGUGAUAGAGACUCGCAAGACGAAGCUCGGCGAGGAUCAUCCCGACACGCUGUCGAGUAUGGCCAAUCUAGCAUCGACGUACCGGAACCAGGGCCGGCAACCUAGCAUUGACUUAUUCGAACCAGGGCCGGAAGAGGCCGAGAAACUCAAUAUACAGGUGAUAGAGACUCGCAAGACGAAGCUCGGCGAGGAUCAUCCCGACACGCUCACGAGUAUAGCUAACCUAGCAAUAACGUAUUUCAAACAGGGCCAGUGGGAAGAGGCUGAGAAGCUGGAUAGGCGGGUGAUAGAGACUCGCAAGACGAAGCUCGGCGAGCACCAUCCCGACACGAUUUCGAGCAUGGCCAAGCUGGCAAUGACGUAUUGGGACCAGGGCCGGUGGGAAGAGGCCGAGCAGCUCGAGGUGCAGGUGAUGGAGGCUCUUAAGACGAAGUUUGGCAUGGACCAUCCCGACACGCUGAUGAGCAUGGCCAACCUGGCAUUGACGUACUGGAACAUGGGCCGGUGGAAAGAGGCCGAGCAGCUCGGGCUGCAGGUGAUGGAGACUCGCGAGACGGAGCUCGGCGCGGACCAUCCUGACACAUUGGCGAGUAUGAGCAAACUGGCAGCGAUGUACCAGCAGCGGGGCAGGUGGGAGGAGGCCGAGCAACUCCAGAUGCAGGUGAUAGAGAUUCGCAGGGCGAAGCUCGGGGAGGAUCAUCCCGGCACACUGGCAAGCACGGCCUGGCAUCAAAGGACGGGGACUACGGCCCGUGGGAAUAUGGCAGACCCUUCUUUGCGCAGGUGGUGGAGACGCAUAACAAGAAGCUCGGUGAAGUCCACCCUUCCACACUGA